GUUCGGUGCGUGCUGGCGAGCGCAAUAUAAAUUAGUUAGUUGGCGCUGUAUUUUCGUUCGAUUCAGCGGCAUCAGCUGGAUUAUCUGGACUAGCGGGGCUUAUCUUGAUCGUAGCCAGCAUCAGCUCUUCUGGAUCCGGACACGAUGUCUGGUACUCAGGACUACGAUCGGAAGUACCUGCUUAGCAUGCCGGGCAUUUGCAAGAUUGCCUGUUUGCUGUGCAGUUUCAUUGGAAUUCUGUGCAUUAUCUGCGGACCGGUGCGCGUGAGCAAUUUCCGUGGCAGCUUUUACCUGGCGGUGGUGUCCAUUGGCUUUGUGGCCACCGCUGGCCUGCUCUUGGCCAGGUAUCUGCGAAUGUGGCAGCGCCAGUUUUGCCGGUGCGAUCCCACGCUCUGGUCCCUGGCCGUCCACUCCUCCCUGGCCCUGGCCUACUUCACGGCCUCCGGACUUGUCCUCUCUCUGGACAUUGGAGCCUAUACGGCGGCGGCGUUUUUUGGCCUGACGGCGUUUUGCAUCAACGGACUGGAGGCCUACGGCAACUAUAGGCGCAGUCGCCAGAGGGAGGUGGCCACCCAAACGAUUUAGUCGCGUUUUUAUUUUCUUUUUUUGGUGCACAAAGCCCAGCUUUUCGGUGGCUUUUACUAAGUUAAGCUUGUGUGUUUGUGUGAAUGAGUAUCUGUGUGAAUGAGUAUCUGUGUGAAUGAGUAUCUGUGAGAAUGAGUAUCUAUGAGAAUGAGUAUCUUUUGCAUUAAGUCUGUCGCUGGCAGUGCUAAUGCGUGUGUUAUCUAACAGUCGCUAGAUAUAGGUCAAGAAGUGAAGAAGAUAAAGCCAGUAGAUCGGUCAAGAAACCCCAACGAAUAACCUUAGAUAUAUAGCAGAGAGAUCGAAAGAGAGAGAGAGAGUAAAAGAGAGAGAGUGCUAACGAAAGAGAAACCUAACAGUAGAAAGAGAGCCUAUUCCAAAGAGAUAAUUCUUGAUGUGUCUUCUGGCUUCGCUUCUUCUUCCUCUUCUUCAGAUAACUGGUUAACAAAGCGUGAAUAUAUAUAUAUACCUAAUAUAUAUAUAUCUGUAAAUAUAUUUUUGUACCUUAGUUAAGUAACUUCUGAGUGUCGCAAUUAAAGCUACUUUAGUUGGUAA